AUGCCUCGAGGCCGUGGCGACGAGGACCGCGGGCUGUCGGCCCGCGAGGCCAAAAACCUGUCGUACACGUCGGAAGUGCCGAGCUUUUUGCAAAACUUGCACGCGCAAGUGCAUGGCAGUCGGCACAAUGCUGCGCGCGCGCGGCAUCACGACGAGGACGACGAGGACCCCGUCAUGGCCUUUUUAGGCGCGUCCAGUGAGAACCAAAAGAAGCGCCCCUCAAGCGAGGCUGCGCCGCGUGGCGAUGGGUACGACAGUGAUAACGACCUCGAGCAUGCUCAGGUCGUGGUGCUAAAAGAAGGCAAGCACCUAAGCAAGGAUGAGUACAUGGACCAGCGCACGCAGGAGGACGAAGCACCACCCGAGAUGAUUGACAUUCCUGUUCGCGUGAACGGUAGCGACGCUUCGCGCCCGAAGCCUCACUUUUCUCUUGGCCAGUACGAAGCCGAGUACAAGCACUCUACAGAGAGCACGGACAAGUUCUGGGCACAGGCCGCAAAGGACGUGCUGUCCUGGUCGACCCCCUUCCAAACGGUCCAGUCGGGUGGCUUUGAGUACGGCGACGUAGCCUGGUUCCCCGAGGGUCAGCUCAAUGCCUCGUACAAUGCGGUGGAUCGCUGGGCGAUGCAGCGCCCCAAGGACGUCGCGAUUAUCUGGGAGGCCGACGAGCCUGGCCACGACAUUACCAUUACUUGGGAAGACCUGCUGCGCCGCGUGUGCCAGGCAGCUAGCACGCUGCAAUCGCUUGGUGUGCGCAAGGGCGACCUCGUGAUUAUCUACCUGCCCAUGAUUCCCGAGGCGGCAAUUUGCAUGUUGGCCUGUGCGCGUAUUGGUGCGGUGCACUCGGUCGUCUUUGCUGGCUUCUCCUCGGACUCGCUGCGUGACCGUGUCCAGGACAGCAAGGCGCGCGUGGUGAUCACCUCGGACGAGGGCCGCCGCGGUGGCCGCAUGAUUGCGACCAAGACGAUUGCCGAUGCUGCGCUCAAAGAGUGCCCCAACGUCGAGCACGUCCUGGUCGUCAAGCGCUCCGAGUCGAACGAUAUCCCCUGGACAGAGGGCCGUGACAAGUGGCUCGAAGAGCUUAUGGCUGGCCAGCGCACCUAUGUUCCCCCCGUUCCGGUGAGCAGCGAGGACCCGCUUUUUGUGCUGUACACCUCUGGCUCGACCGGCAAGCCCAAGGGUAUCGUGCACACGACGGGUGGCUAUCUGCUCGGCUCUGCGCUCACUGUGAAGCACAUCUUUGACGUGCACGAAGGCGACCGCUUUGGAUGCAUGGCCGACAUUGGCUGGAUCACGGGCCACACCUACAUUGUCUACGGACCUUUGGUCAACGGUACGACGACGCUGAUCUUUGAGUCGACGCCGAUGCACCCUAACCCCUCGCGCUACUGGGAGGUAGUGGACAAGCACCGCCUGACCCAGUUCUACACCGCUCCUACCUCGAUUCGCCUGCUGCGCCGCAUGGGUGUCGAACACGUGAAGGACUACGACCUGAGCUCGCUGCGCACGCUUGGCUCGGUCGGAGAGCCGAUCAACCCCGAGGCGUGGCAGUGGUAUAACGACAAUGUGGGCCGUGGCCAGUGCGCCAUUGUGGACACGUAUUGGAUGACCGAGAGUGGCUCGCACCUUAUUUCCUCGCUCCCCGGCGCGAUCAAGGCCAAGCCCGGCUGCGCCACCCUCCCCUUCUGGGGCAUUGAGCCCGCGAUCCUCGACCCCCAUACUGGCAAAGAGAUUGAGGGCGACGCGGAGGGCGCGCUGGUCAUCAAGAAGCCGUGGCCGUCGAUGGCGCGCACCAUCAUGGGCGACCACAAGCGUUUCCUGGACACCUACAUGCGUGUAUACCCCGGCUACUUCUUCACGGGUGACAGUGCCGCUCGCGACAAGGACGGCUACAUCUGGAUCAAGGGCCGUGUGGACGACGUGAUCAACGUCUCUGGCCACCGUAUGUCUACGGCCGAGAUCGAGUCGGCGCUGAUUGGCCACCCUGGCGUGGCCGAGACGGCGGUGGUGGGCGCGCCGGACGAGAUGACCGGACAGUCGAUCACGGCCUUUGUCGCACUGAAGCCUGACUAUGUGCACCACGAGUCUGAAGAGGCGCUGCUGAAGGAGCUGACGAUUCAGGUGCGUCGCGCCAUCGGACCGUUUGCGACGCCGAAGCGCAUCAUUUGCAUCCGGGAUCUGCCCAAGACGCGCAGCGGAAAGAUUGUGCGUCGCAUCCUGCGCAAGAUUGUCUGCAACGAGGCUGACCAGAUCGGCGACCUUUCGUCGGUGGCCGAACCCGAGGUGGUCGAGGAGAUCAAGACCAAGUUCGCCGAGUCGGCCAAGUAG